AUGCCAGUGGAGAAGAUGUGGAAGAAAAAGCUUGCAGAACUUGCGAGCUUUGGCAUUUUAGGGAGUGGCACUGGCACGCCCUGCUUUGUCCCAGCUGAUUCCAGGUCGAAUGCCCUCCUCCAUGUACCAGUUGCACCCAUUUAUGCACCAUCGGAUAUCGACCCGCAGAUGGGCCCAUUAAUUCAUCCGGCAGCUGUGCAUAACUUGGUGGAUGUGCAUCAGUUUCCGCCAGUACAACAAAUAAUACCGAACGUAAUGGGCGUGCACAUGCCAGCUGGGCCGGUACAUUAUUUGCCGCAGAAUUUGCAUUUUCCAGGACAACAACUGCCAUCAAAUCAAAUGCCGUUCUUCGCUGGCGACAUAGUAGAUCGACAUCCCCUAAUGUUUCCUGCCGUUGGGAAUAUUUAUAAUCCAAUGAUGCAACCACAUGUCGCAGGCGGUGUGGCCUACAAUCCUACAAUGCAACCAUUUCCAGUUUAUCCAAAUUUUGCGUACGCACAGCCGGCAGAGGCUUCACCGUUUGCGAUCAAUGGACCGGUCGCAGUGCCAACCAUUUGGACACAGUAUCAUGGACAGGCUAACCUGGCAAUGGCAAACCUUCAACAGCAGUAUGAGAUGGAAUUGCGCGCUGAAUUGGAAAUGCGUGCCUGGGAAGCUGCAGUGCUUCACCUGGCCGAUGAAGCGCCUGUACAUGCCGACGUCGCUCCUGCUCCUCAAGGAAUGACAAGGCAGGUUUUGCUUAUAGCAACAAAUGACGAGAUCAGCCGACUGGAAACUUUGCGUAUUGAAGAUGAGACGAUUAUAGCGGAGAAAGUAUGCGUUAUCUGCCAAUUCGACUUUGAACACAGCGAUCUUUUGCGUGUGCUUCCGUGCGAGCAUCACUUUCACCUGAAUUGCAUUGAUAAGUGGUUAGGCGCCAGUUGCACUUGUCCUAUCUGCCGCCAGGAGGCCAUAAUAGAGGAAGCACCGAGGGAGAAUGAAGGCGCUAGCGGAUAUGAAUCAACGAGUCAGGACGCAGCUGUCACUGAGCCACCUCCAUCUAAUACAGCGUCAUCUGAAGACACGCAGAAUGCGUCGGGCGUGUCAGCAGCGGAGCCAAUCAGUAACAGAGCGAGAGAGAAUGAACAUGCUCCAGAUUCACAUGGCGAUGUUAAAAUGGCCAAGCAAAUAGGCGCCGAUGGCUAG